UUGUUUUCUGAAAAUCUCGAGUUUCGUCAAACUCUUUCUCUAAUAAGAGCGACAUUUUCUUUGUUUCUUUAUGGUGAUGCCAGAAUUGAGCCAAGAGAGGGGAAUGAGUUUCGAUCUGAACGACGUCGUUAAGGAGGAGGAGGAAGAAGCGCGGGAGUCAUCACUGUUAGAUAACAAGUGCUCCACGAUGAAGAUGCAGAACGACGUCGUUAAGGAGAAGAAAAGCAUGCAACUGCGUUUGCAGCUAUCAAGGGAGGAGAUCGAGGAGGAUUUCAUGAGCAUGACGGGCCGUCGGCCACCGAGGAAGCCCAGAAGGAGGCCCAGGCCCACCUUCGUGCAGAACCUACUCGAUAGCCUUUUUCCUGGUUUGAUGUUAAGAGAGGUUACACCUGAUUUAUACGACGUUCCUGAACUACCUCAGUCUGGGAAGAAGAAUAACAGAAAAAGGAAG